AAUUGUACCCGCACCUAACAUCCCUGCAGAGGUCCGUUGCAGAUGUAGGGUAGCUGUUACGUUCACCCCUCCGUAGGUCCUUACGUUGUGAUUCAAGAGUCAAUAUGUACUCGACGCGGGAGUCUACGAGACAGAUAUCUGCAUUGCAUGUGUACUGAUUGGCUGUUAUGUGCGGAACCAGCUCAUUAUGCAACUAGGAUAACCUUGAACCAUUUCCGUAGGCCUACUCGCUCUUUCUAGCCCCUCAGCACCAAGAUGGAACUCGAGCAGGGCACGAAGACUGUACUAUUACAUAAAUCGCAGUGGCCUGCAGGAACUAUUUUGCAAUCAUGUUGCUUCUUCCCUGACGUCCAAGCCAAGUUACGUAUCUGCUUUGAAAUCGGAUAGGAAAUAUGGACCACGGGCAUAUGUCAGGGACACCAUGGCUGGACCAGCCAGUAAUGCUUCACUCGUCUCGGGAAGACACGUGCAAGCUUACGCCAGCGCAAUGCGAAUAUCGUGGUGGCUACUGGAGAUAUUGGUACCACGCAGAUCACGUAUAUGCUCUCGGGACGGUUUGCUUCUUCGUAGUAGUCGUUGGCGUUUGCUUUGUUGGAUUUUACGCCCAGCGACUUGCUCCUACGUCUCUUAGAAAAAAGACGUGGUGGCGGAAGCUGAUAGCCAGCUUUCGAUUUAUAUCAUAUCGCCGCUACGAUAUUUCCAUAAUACGAUGGCAUACUCCGGCUUUAGGGAUUGUCUUCCUGUUGAUAUCCGGCGCGGUUUUCUUCUUGUCGAUGACCCUGGGUCCAAAGCCGUAUUACUGGCCAAACACGCGAACGCUUAAUUAUGGCGGUUCGCCUCCUAUCGCGACUAGAACCGGUUGGAUGGCUCUGGCCUGUUUACCUUUCAUGAUGAUCCUUCCGACUAAAUCCAACCUGAUCGCCUCCUUGACGGGGGUUUCUCACGAGCGUCUUAUCGUAUUUCACAACUGGCUCGGAUGGGCAAUGUUCGCCCUGGCCCUUAUACAUACCUUUCCGUUCGUCGUCUUUCAUAUCUGGAAAGGAGACAUGAUCACCGUGUGGAAUACGAGCGUUGUAUACUGGACGGGAGUUGUCGCAUUGAUCGCGCAAGCCUAUCUACAAGUCUUUUCGCUCCGAUUUAUCAGGGAUCGAUUCUACGAGUUUUUCAAAUUAACACAUUAUUUAGCAGCGGCGGUAUUUGUGGUGUUCUUCUUUAUUCACUGCGACUUUCGGUUGAGUUCCUGGGAUUAUUUCAUCGCGACCGGAGUCCUCUACACCCUCUCUUUCUUCUACUCUCAAAUUCGGACCUAUUUCGAAUUCGGAGUAUCCAAUCGUGCCAGCUUCGCUAUGGUUUCGGAUCUAGCUUUGAAAGUGACGAUUCCUAUCGAUACGACGUGGCGACCGGGUCAGCAUAUGUUCCUUCGUUUCGUCCAUAUGAGAAUGCACUCCUUCACGGCUCACCCCUUCACCAUAUGCGGUUUACCUGUCGUAGGACAGAGUAGCGGACAGUCGAAGCUCAUAUUUUACGUACAACCUAGAGGUGGACUCACAGGUCGUUUAGCCAAGUCUGCUGCGUUGCGUCCGGGUUUCAGCGUUCCGGUUUUGCUGGACGGGCCAUACGGUGGGGUUCAAGGAAUACCUCUAUCCACGUACGAUUAUAACCUCGUAAUCGCUUGCGGCGCCGGCACCGGCCUCUCGCUGCCGUUCGUUCUGGAGAGCCUUCUUCGUUCGGCUUGGAAUCGACGUGCCGGCAAUGGGAAGCCUUGCACCAAGAUACAAGUUGUCAUGGCCACGAGGGAUACGCAGCUGCCACGGUGGUACGAGGAAGCGAUAGUACAAUAUUUAGAGGAGAACGGCGUCGAUAUUAUACCCGACGACAUCCACAUUUCCAUAUAUCAAACCGGGAGGCUCGAGUCUAAAAGCAACAGCGCGGUUAAAGACCCCGGAUUGUCUGACGAGAAGAUGAAUGGAAUUUCUCCGGUGGUUAGACGUCUACCUAUUAACGUAUUCUCUGGGCGCCCGGAUAUCGCGACUGUCAUAAGGGAUGCUACUAGCCAGCCGGGGCUUUCUGUUGGCAUCGUUGCUUGUGGUCCUCGGGAAGUCUUGAAAACCGUGCAGGGCGAGGCAGCAGCCGCCCAGUUACGAAUUAUGGGCUCGAAGUCUAGCGCACGGGAAGUUUACUUGCACUCUGAGAUAUUCUCAUGGUAAUAGCCUUUGCUCGUUAACAACAGAGGCCGUCUCGUUUAUGCGACGAGGACGAACUUAUUCGAUACCAAAUAGCCGUAAAUAUCAUCCAGAUAAUAUAUUCCAAUAAGAAUAAUAAGCUCGCUAUAGGCUCGGUAUAAAUGGGAUGAUGUUGAGUUACAAUUAUCUUAGCAGCCAAACCACAAGUGUAAAACGGCAGAUCUAUGGCCCUUGAUAAUCCGUAGUAUUUCGAAUGAUAUAGAGCAUACCCAAUUACUUCCGUAUCAAUAACUGUCAUAAUAGCUGUCAUAUUAAACAACAGCAAGAAAACGUUAAAGAUAUAGGCGAUGGCUGAUCGUGUAAUACCUAACCCAGGUCAUUUCAAU